AUGGUAACUGACCUCAAGAGUCUAGGAAAUGGACAGAGAAGCAGAAAAUGUAUCACAAAGAUGUGUGCUAAAAUGGAGGAAAGUGAACAUUGCCAUAAAACCAAAAGGAAAAAUGACAUGGGAGAUAAACUAGUACAAUUUGUAGCAGUGCUCUGUAACAGAGCCAGACUGGUUUCCUAUCUCCCAGGAUUUUGCUCUUUAGUUAAAAGGGUUGUCAAUCCCAGAGCCUUUUCAACUGCAGGAUCUUCAGGUUCUGAUGAGUCUCAUGUGGCCACUGCACCUCCAGAUAUAUGCUCUCGAACAGUAUGGCCUGAUGAAGCUAUGGGACCAUUUGGACCUCAGGAUCAGAGAUUCCAGCUUCCUGGGAACAUAGGGUUUGAUUGUCACCUCAAUGGGACUGCAUCACAGAAGAAAAGCCAGGUUAAUAAAACUUUGCCUGAUAUUCUAGCAGAACCUUUAUCAAGUGAAAGACAUGAGUUUGUAAUGGCACAAUAUGUGAAUGAAUUUCAGGGUAGUGAUGCACCUGUUGAGCAAGAGAUUAACAGUGCAGAAACUUACUUUGAAAGUGCCAAAGUAGAGUGUGCAAUCCAAACAUGUCCAGAAUUGCUGCGAAGAGAUUUUGAAUCACUGUUUCCAGAAGCAGCUACCAACAAACUAAUGAUUCUGACUGUAACACAGAAAACUAAAAAUGAUAUGACUGUUUGGAGCGAGGAGGUAGAAAAUGAAAGAGAAAUGCUCCUAGAAAAGUUCAUCAGCGGUGCUAAGGAGAUUUGCUAUGCUCUUCGGGCGGAAGGCUAUUGGGCUGACUUUAUUGACCCAUCGUCUGGUUUGGCAUUUUUUGGACCAUAUACAAACAACACUCUUUUUGAGACAGAUGAACGCUAUCGGCAUUUAGGAUUCUCUGUUGAUGAUCUCGGCUGCUGUAAAGUGAUUCGUCACAGUCUCUGGGGUACCCAUGUGGUUGUGGGAAGUAUCUUUACUAAUGCAACACCAGACAGCCAAAUUAUGAAGAAAUUAAGUGGAAACUAGCAGUAAUGGCAAUUUAUUUGCUCUAUGAUUUGUAUCACUUGGGAUGAGCUAUAAACAUUGUAAAGUUUCAAAUUUUAAAAUUUUCUUACUUGUAGGUAUUUAUUUCAACAUUUGUGAAUUCACAAUAUUGGCAAGUGGUUUGUGAUUUUUAAAUUUCAGAUGUUCGUUCAUAUUAUCAUUAAAUACAUGUUGAGCACAUCCACAUUGUACAGAAUGUGGUAAUUAAUUAACAUGUGACCAGGGUAUGAUCUCAUAUUGUUAUUUCUCCCCUUUAUUGGAAAAACCUGUUUUAAUUUUCUCCAAAAAUAAAUCAUACAUUUGGUUAUGAUAUGUAUUUUUUCAUUGCAGAAUCUUAAAAAUAUAGUUCUUAAAGAUUCCUAAGAAACUAAAAUAUUUAUCUUUUUAAAGUUUUUUUUUUUUAAAUAAAUACAAUUGAGAAUUCUGGAUUCAGUGUAGAUUUAACUUUUUUUAAUUUUCUUUUUUCUUUAUUACCUGUCAAGUGUCCUGGUACUCGUCUGAGUAUCACUUUGAAAAAUGUAUGUGCAGGAAAAGAAGACUAAGAAUAAUACUACAUCUUUACAUACAGAAGAGUAUCAAUCUCAUCUGUAUACAUGCUGAAAAAAUAAUUCUUAACUCCUCGGUUGAGACGGGUAAAUGUAGUUUAUUUUCAGACAAAACUGUGCCUCAGCUGCUAAAUCAUAUUCCUCCAAUUUUAGCAAUAGAUGGAAAAUGUAGUACUCUACGGAAAUACCUCAUGUGGAUGGAGCUUGUUUUUACAGCAUUUUAAACUUAGAAUCAUCUUUGAUUUGUGAAUCUUGUAUCAGUCGAUAUAGAGAUAAAUCUCAGAUGAACAAGUAACUUCACCAAAUGAGUAAAUUAAAAUGGAUUUUUCUGUAUUUUUUAAUUAAAUUCUUGUU